AUAAAAUCACCCCAACAAACACUCAUCUCUCACUCUCAGUCCACACCAUGGCUUCUUUUGGGGACCAAUUAUCUUUCUUUUUGCUCUUGCUGCUUCUUAUCUCACCCCAAAUCCAAGCCAGAGAAGGCAAGCUUUUCAGCUUGUUCUCCCAUUUCAGAACCAUCUACAAUGUCAAAGACCCUCUCCAGAAAACUAAAGUUGAAUCUCCAGCGUUAGCACCAGGACCAGUAACAUUUGAACCAGCAUCAGCACCAGGACCGGUAACAUUUGAACCAGUAUCAGCACCAGCACCAGCACUCGAACCAGCAUCAGCACCAGCACCUUCGGUUGAACAAGCAAUUGGUUCAACAAUACCAUCCGGGCCAGCACCAGAGCCUGAAUUUUCAGAAAGUGGAGAGGGUUAUGGUCUGUAUGGUAGGGGCUCUUAUGACCAAUACUCUCCCACCAAGGAGACUCCUACCACCACCACCACCACAAACUUUGAGCUUCUCAAUGAAGACUUCAAUGAUGAGAGCUACAAAAAGGGCUACCCCAAAACCAACUUCUACAGCAGCAGCAGCAACAACGACAAUGAAGAAGAGUUCAGAAACAAUGUCAACAACAACGAAGAGUUCAGAAACAAUGUAAACAACAACGAAGAGUUCAAAAACAAUGUCAACUACAACGAAGAGUUCGGAAACAAUGUCAACAACAACGAAGAGUUCGGAAACAAUGUCAACAACAAUGAAGAGUUCGGAAACAAUGACAGCAAGUAUGAAAACUUCAAAAACAAUGUUAACAACCACGAAGAGUUUAGCGUCGAUGACAACAACGAAGAGUACAGGAACACUAACACUGGUGGCUAUGCCAGCAACUUCAACGACCGGUUCUUUAACAACAAUGACGAGGGAAAUUACCAGAACAACAACUAUAACGGUAAUGGCUAUGAGGGGAAGAGAGAAGGAAUGAGUGACACGAGGUUCCUGGAUAAUGGCAGGUACUCUUAUAAUGCGAACAGUGUUAAUGAGAAUUAUAACCUUAAUGGGUAUGAAUCGGGGAGAGGGAAUUCUGCUGUAAACGAAGGUUACCAUGAGAAAAGUCAGUAUCCAAAUGAGUUUGACACCAUGGAAGAGUACGAGAAGCAGCAGCAAGAACAAGGUUACAGGCCUUGAGUCUUUUUAGCUUUUGUAUUUUUGUGUGGUGAAAGAGUGAGAGUUGGAGAAACACGAGGCUUACAUAUUGAAAGGAAAAUACUUCUAAUUUAUGAGAUAAUUGUUAUGCUUUAGUUUCUCCUUUCAUCCUUGAUCUUGCACAGUUUCAUGUUUUGCAGAUCAAAGUGAUGGAAAGUAUGCAGUGUUAUCAUUUGUGCAGUGUGAGGUUUUACUUUUUUAAGUACUUUACCAAUUGGAAACUAUACAGCUUUCUGUUUUCAUCGUGUAACAAUUUCAAGGCACAAAACUUAAUGCCUUAUAGUAUAUGACAAAACUUAUGCCUCUCA